UAAAGACGCCAGUCUCAGCGCAUAGGUGCGUGAACCUAACACAGGUGUCACAAAUUAAGACAAAAUUUCCGUCGAAAGGUUUAAGUAGACUAAAGGAACUGAACUGGUUGUUGUUUUUGAUAAUUUAGUUUGACAGUCUUACCAUGGCGUUUUCUUUGAGAGAAAAUCCCAGACUUCUUAACUGCCUAGAUUCAGACAUCCCAGCCCUGUCUACAUGCAGCAAUGCAGACGCGUUCUGCAGGAUGAACACAAUGCUGGGCAAUUCAUUGGACCUCAGCGGGGUGUGCACAACGCCUACUGCCAAGUGCAAGCGAGAUCCUUUUAAUGCAGAUCGUCCGGACUCGGACCUGUCUGCGGUCCGGAGCAGGAUGCUUUUCCCUAGUGGUGGACAGGAGUCGUCCAGGGGUCUGCCUGAUAUCAAUAACUGGGGUCUGGGCCUACAGUCCCUCAGCCUGUCUGACUGGGAGAGACCAUGGAGCAGCCAUGAUACAGAAACUUCUUUACAGACCACCACGGCCUCAUUGCAAAGUGUUUUGGGGAGCACUCCCAGCCAGCGCUCAAACAAGCUACCAAGCUUCUCCGAGUCCUCAAUUGGUGCCACAGACUUUCUAGAGAAGUUUCCAGGAAUGGCACGCUUAAAUUCUCAGUCUUUCCUGGACUCUCACUCCAUAAGCCCUGUAGAUUCAGAGACCAGCGGCUUUAGUUCUGGUUCGGAUCACCUCUCAGACCUGCUGUCCUCUCUGAGGAUCUCGCCGUCUGUACCCUUCCUUAUGUCCAGUAUGCAAAGGGAUCCCCUCAAACUGGCUUUGGGCUCUCGUUUGGACCACAGCAGUUCUUCUCUCACACCACCACCCAGUGCCACUCCAACUGGUGGUCUGUCCCACCGCUGGCCUGGCGCAUCCAUCUGGCCCAACUGGGACCUAAUGAAGACCCCUGAAAGCCCUUUCAGCAUUGAAAGGGAGGCUUGGCUUCACAGACAGGCUGCAUCUAUUAAUGAAGCUACCUUCACAUGGAGUGGACAGCUGCCCCCCAGACACUACCAAACCCCCAUCUACUCAUGCAAGGUCUUUUUAGGCGGAGUUCCUUGGGACAUUACUGAAGCUGGCUUGAUAAACACUUUUAAAUGCUAUGGCCCUCUGAGUGUGGAGUGGCCAGGUAAGGAUGGCAAGCACCCUCGCUGCCCUCCGAAAGGUAAUAUGCCUAAAGGUUAUGUGUAUUUGGUGUUUGAGUCGGAGAAGUCUGUACGUGCCCUGCUGCAGGACUGCACUGAGGACCUGCUCCAUCCAGAGGGUUACAGCGAGUAUUACUUUAAAAUGUCCAGCAGAAGAAUGCGCUGCAAAGAUGCACAGGUGAUACCUUGGGUGAUUUCAGACAGUAACUUUGUGAGUUGCCCCUCUCAGAGGCUGGACCCUAGGAACACUGUGUUUGUAGGGGCUUUGCAUGGGAUGCUCAAUGCUGAGGCCCUGGCCAGUAUCAUGAAUGAUCUGUUUGGAGGAGUUGUGUAUGCAGGCAUUGACACAGACAAGCACAAGUACCCAAUUGGCUCUGGACGCGUUACUUUUAACAACCAGCGCAGUUACCUGAAAGCUGUGAGUGCUGCCUUCGUUGAGAUAAAGACACCCAAAUUCACAAAGAAGGUUCAGAUUGACCCGUACCUGGAGGAUGCUAUCUGUCAAUCAUGCAGUCGUGAGCCUGGGCCAUUCUUCUGCAGGGACAAGACCUGCUUUAAAUACUACUGUCGCUCCUGCUGGCAUAGGCAGCAUUCUAUGGACAUCCUCAGCAAUCACCGCCCUCUGAUGCGAAACCAGAAGAAGCGGGACACCAACUGAAGCCACGCAUGGCAGCACUGUGCCUCAGCCUGGUCGUCCAUUGCGCCUGCUCCCCCAGGAGUACUGCUCUAGAGUUGGUCUCCCCCAAAAAUGGCCCUUUCAGGAGAUGGGGCUUGGGGAAACACUGUAGAAAGUUCACUGUUG